CCGUACCUGUCAAACGCGGAAGCGUCAUCAACUUCUUGGCAGCACUGCUGGCAGUAAAAUCGAAAACAGAAAUAUUCCCUGCCGGCUGGAUUGACCGAAUCUCCUGUAAACUUUUGAUAAAUACAACUACCCAGGCUGCCGAUCCUUGCACCCCGGCUCCAGUAUGUCCAACAAGAACAAAAAGCAAUCGGAAACGGUCCCUGCUAAGGAGGAAGAGGUGGUCCAGAUAAACAAAUGGGACGGAACAGCGGUGAAGCACGCGCUGGAUGAUUCGGUGAAGAAUGCGCUGAUGGAGCACAGCAACAUGAAGGAGCAUUUCGCCAUCAUCGACGGGCGGCUGUUCAUCUGUGCGAUGGCCGUUGCAAUUGCGCUGGUUGCGCUCGGUUACGACUAUCAGUAUUCGUUUCCCGCCUCGAAGCCCGUGCUGAUCGUGUGCGUGCUGUGCUACUUCUUCCUGAUGGGCGUGCUGACCGUCUACACCACGUACGUGGAGAAGGGCAUCUUUGUCGUGGGCAACCAGAAGGAUGCCAGCGGUGCCGUGAAACGAUGGCAGGCAAGUUCCGACAUGAAGAAGUACGACGACAAGUACGAGCUGACGGUGCAGCUGAAGGAUUCGCGCGGCAUUCGGGAAGCAACGGUCACUAAGUCGGUCGCCAACUUUAUCGACGUGAAUGGGCUCGUGCUGGAUGAUCUGGUCGCCAGCGAGGUGAACCGUAUUGUGAACUCUCUGAACGCAGACCGCAAGGAUAAGUAGAGAGGGAUAGAGAUGCAGUAAGAAUAAUCAGAUAUUGCUAAAAAGCGAUAAAGCGUAAAAAGUAAAAUAAACUACUAGCUCCGGAACGGGUGCGAGUUCAAA